GAAAACGAGGCCUGUCGCUCUCGUCGGGCCUGGGGCUGGAGUUAUAACAGUGCGGGAGCGAGAGGUCUAAAAGCCGGGUGUUGAAAUCGUCAUGCUGGGGAGCCAUCCAAGUGUAUACACUCUAUAUAACUUGUUACUUAAAUUGUGUAAAUUGCCCAGCCCUCAUUAAGAAAUAACUGUAUGCAGAGAAAGUAAACUGUGCGUUUGUACUGGAGUACAGUACACGUCAGGGCCGCUGGAUGGCGCUAGUUGCCUGAUACACGUUUUCCUCUCUUGAAAAUGUUAAUUAUUGAAAUAGUCAUUAUUAGUUUUAUACACUUCAUGACACAACGCCUCGAUGUAAUAUUUAAUUGAGGUGUUCCAUCAAAGCAUAUACGUUCUCUCUUUGUUGUGUUUUUUUGUGUGGUCUGUGGAAUGUGUUUUUUUUUUUCUAUUGCACAGGUUGUUUGUUUUCAAAUGAAAUGUUGCUCUUGCUUGCUUCCUGCUAUCCCUUCACUUUCUCUAACACGGGAGAGUCCCGUGGUUUGACCCACAGCAUAGGAAGCAGCGGUUCGUUUUUCACAAACGUUUAUCAUCGAAUCCUGCAGGGAUAAGCCACCGCUGGGGUGCCACAGCAUUUUACAGACGCAGUGCAGGAGAUUGUGACCAGUUUCCCCGCGACCCUCCUUCAGCGCUGCUGUCUGUACUGUGCACAGGAGAGUGUAUACAUCUACACAGGGGAGGAGAGCUGUCUGUCUGACUGCAGGGGAAUUCUCUCUCGUGGCUGUGCUGGCUCACUGAUUGCAGCUAAGAAAGUCGUUCUGUACAUUUUCGUCUGCUAAGAAAGUGGCGCCAGGCGACGGGCGAGGGAGCAGCACCAUGCCGGAGUACAGUGAUGUGAGUCUGACUCCGGAGGAGCGGGUCCGAGCCCUCACGGAGAUGGGAAGCUCUGUGCCAGUGAAUGAAGACGUGCCCCCGCGCAGAUACUUCCGCUCGGGCAUGGAGAUCAUCCGCAUGGCCAACAUCUACACGGAGGAGGGGAACACGGAGCACGCCUUCAUCCUGUACAACAAGUACAUCACGCUCUUCAUUGAAAAGCUUCCCAAACAUCGAGAUUACAAAACCGCCAACAUUCCUGAAAAAAAGGAGACCAUGAAGAAGCUGAAAGAGAUUGCGUUCCCUCAGGCUGAGGCGCUGAAGAAAGAGCUGCUGAAGAGAUACGUAAAGGAGCACGCUGAGUACCUGCAGAGCAAGAGUGCAGAGAUGGCCGAGCUGGCUCGAGAGCAGUCCCGUCAGAAGGAGUUGGAGACGGAGAGGCAGCGCGUGGAGGAGCAGCGGCGCAGGCAGCAGGAGCAGGAGCAGUUCAAUGCCUUCGAGGAGAUGAUCCGCCGCCAGGAGCUGGAGAAGGAGAGGCUGAGGAUCCAGCAAGAGUUCAGCAGCGCCCCUCCCUCAGAGACCCCCCUCCUCCCUGGAAUACAGGGCCCUCCACUGCCCCCCUCUGCAACCCCUACCCGGCCUCCGAACACCGCAGCCGCACACCCUCCCGGACCCACGCCCUCCGUCGACCGCUCGCUCAAACCGGGCUCGCUCGUCAGCCCUGGGAGAAGUGUGAUGGUGGAGGGGCUGCAGCCCCUGGUGGUUCCCCGGGAGCUGUGCAGCAAGUUCCUGAAGCUGGCUGAGGCCAACACUGCCCGAGCCGUGGAGACGUGCGGCAUUCUCUGUGGAAAACUGACGCGCAGCGAGUUCACGCUCACCCACGUGAUCGUGCCGAAGCAGAGGGGCGGGCCGGAUUCCUGCGACACGGAGAACGAGGAGGAACUCUUCAUCAUCCAGGACGAGCUGAGCCUCAUCACUCUGGGCUGGAUUCACACACACCCGACACAGACAGCCUUCCUGUCCAGUGUGGACAUGCACACACAGUGCUCCUACCAGAUGAUGCUGCCGGAGUCCAUAGCCAUCGUCAUUUCGCCCAAAUUCAACGAGACUGGUUACUUCAAGCUGACUGAGCACGGUAUGGAGGAGAUCUCAUCCUGCAAACAGAAGGGCUUUCACCCGCACCCCAAGGAGCCCCCACUUUUCACUUCUUGUGGGCACAUCACCAUCAGUGACAGCAGUGUGACGGUGAUGGACCUGCGGUGAGCCACCCCUCUGUUUCCUGUGAAAAUCGCCAAGUAUCUUCUGAGAGGUCUUGAAGGAGCUGCUUUUCAAAGAGCAGACCCUGUGACAGCAGCCUACAGUAACAGAGCCUCACAUUAGCAGUCAUCUUUUUAUAUAGAAUGCCUUCUCCAGUUUAAAGCACUUUGUGUAAUUCAUGAUGUUGUGUCUGGACUAAAGGACAGGAUUCCCAUAUUUGGAAUACAUUACUCUUUCAACUAAACAGUAGACUCUUCUAGCAGUAAACUGCAUUCCAGUCAGCGACUGUCAAAUGCCAAUAUUGAUA